UUGGCACCAAUCCCCAAAACCGAGGGAAAGAGAAACAGAGAGGGAGAGGAGCCCUGAGCUAUGGCGGAGGACGACGAAGACGAGAGCUUCGGGGACUUCCAUUUCGCAUCGUUCCCAAAUCCCAUCGUCCAUUCGGUUCCCACCCAAUUCAGCGUCCGGAAUUCCUCCUCCUCCUCCUCCAAUUCAUGGGGCGAGUUCAUAGACACCCCCAAAUCCGACCUCUCCGGUGGUGCCGUCCAUUCGGUUCCCGCCAACAACAACACCUCUAAACCCGAUUAUAGUGGGCCGGUCCGGGUCGAUCCGGAGAAGGUCCAGUGGGCGAAGCCGCGGGGAGCUCUGCCCUUGUCUAUAUUUGGGGAAUUGGAAGAGGAAGGGAAAGAAGAGGAGGGAUCUGGUGCGGGCGAAUCUAGAGUUGGUGAUGGUGGAACCGUUUUCUCUGACAACAAAAUAGGCAAUUCUGAGAGAAAAGGAUCGGGUUUGAAUGUUAAUGAUUUGAUUGCAAAUUUGUAUGGCCAGAAUCAGCAAAUCAACGCCCCCAACGGGUCGAAUGUGAAUUCAAAUGGAUCUGAGUUUAACAACACUAUGAAUGGUUUUGGUUCGGAUUUGCUCGAAGGGAAUGUGGGUUCUGAUGAUUUUGAUGAUGAUGGGUGGGAAUUCAAGGCUGCAGAACCCGAAUCUCGGAUCGCAAAUGGGCAUUCUAAGGUAAAGGAAGAAGGGAUUUUUGAAUCAUCAGGACUGAAAGUAGAAGCAACUGCACAGAUAGACCAAGAAAUCCAGGUUGAAGGGAAAAGAUGGGAAAAUACUGAGGGGGCCAUGCCUACAUUUGGGUUUGGCAAUGGUGUGCAUGGUCCUGGCGAUUUGUUUUUGGUGUCAAAUGGGACUUCUCACAGAAGUGGUGAAUGGGGUUUUGGGUUUGAUUUCAACUCGAGUCCUAUGACUAAGCAAGAUGGUUUUAUCUUGGAUUCAUUUUCCAAAAGCAAGGACAAUGAUAUUGCAAAUGGGAUGAACUCUUCUUCAGCUGAUAAAAAAGUUGAUUCUGUGGAAGAUUUUUGGGAAUUCAAGGAUGCAUGUCCAGAAACUGGAUCACAGCCUAAGUUGGAGGAACCAAAGGUUGCUGAUACAUCUCUCGCUGGUGUAGAAGCAAAAAUAUUUGAUGGUGAUGGUGUUAGUGUAUCUGUUGAUUUAUUUGCUGGAUCAGAUGGGGUCUCUCAAAAUUCUAGGAAAUGGGACUCUGGAUUUAAUUUCAACCCGAGUUUUAUGAAAGAUAUCGUCUUGGAUUCAUACUCUAAAGGCAAACAGAGUGAUUUGAUAUCAUCUCUUUCUGAUGAGAAAGUUGGUGCCAACGAGAACUUUUGUGAAUUUAAGGAUGCAUUUUCAGAAUCUGGAUCUAAACAUAAAUCAGAAGAGCCAAAGGUUGCUGAUAGUUCUCCUGCUUGUGUAGAAGCACUUACUUAUGAUGUCAAUUGUGCAAGCAAUCCUAAAGAUUCAUUCGUAGCAUCAAAUGGGGUUUCUCCCAAAUCUGUGGAAUUGGAAUUUGGAUUUAAUUUCAAUCCAACUUCUGUGACUAAAGAUGAUAUUAUCUCUGAGUCUUACUCUAAAAGCAAGCAGAAUGGUUUGAAUUCCUCGACAGUUGAUGAGAACGAUGAAUCUGGUGAGAACUUUGAGGAAUUCAGGGAUGCAUUUUCAGAAACCGGAUCAAAGCAUGAGGAAGAGUUCAAGGUUGCUGAUUAUUCUCCUGCUGGUGCAGAAGCACCUGCUUUUAGUGUUGAAAUCCAGAGGAAUGAGUUCAGGUCUGAGAAUCAUAGAGAACCCUUGCCCAUGGCCAUUUUCAGUGAUAGAAACCUGGAUUCUGACGAUCCCUUUAUCCUUAAAGAUGCUUCUACUGUUACACCCGCCUCCAACCCAAGAGAUAGCAUCAAAAGUCCCGGUUCUAAUAUAUCUAUCAGUGAUCUCAUAUCAAGUCUGUACAGUCAAGCUGAGCAGAAUGCUUCUGUUAAUCAUAUACCAAAAGCAAGUGACCACGGGAUGCAUUCCACCACAACAAUGUUGGAAUCUGAUUUAGUCAACACUGAUGAUGAUUUUGAUGAAGAUUCCUGGGAUUUUAAGGCUGCCAUUUCAGGUACCAGAGCUGAAGACGGAAGUUCUGAUAUUGAUCUUGUAGAUUCAGAGAAAAAACUUUCGACCACAUUAGAGCUAAAUGAUUGUGUCGAUUUCUAUUGCAAAUUAAAGGAUGAAUUGUGCUCAGUUGUACUGUAUCAUCUUGAUAAUUUGAAGAAAGCUCAAAGUACUGCUACUCUUUCUGGUGAAGAGGCAGAAGCAAAAUCUCUUGAUGAGGAAAUAAAGGAAUUCUAUAAUGAACUCUACAAAGAUAAUUUGAUCGCUAAAGAAGUGCAGUCAGAGAAUCUAUCACCAAGAGAUAUUUGCUUCAGCAGUUUUCUAGAAGUUCUGCAGGAACCAAAGUUCCAAGCUAUUGAGUCAGAAUAUCAGUUAUCAAGAAGAUUGUCAUUGGCAGAAAAGGAAGUGAGGUCAGCUAUUGAAGUCCUAAAAGAUGUGGCAUCAACACUAACGAUUCUAAAAUUGGGAUCAAUGGAGGAGCAACAAUAUUAUGUUUCGACAUGGUCUAAUAUAGUCUCUAUUUGUAUCGAAGAGCUGAAACAUGGAGCCUUAAUUUGGAAGCAGUCAAUACAAAAGAACAUACAAAGUCAAAUUUUCUCUGAACCUCAAGGGAAGCGGUAUAUCCUUGCCCUUGGAGAAAUUUACAGAGUAGUUGAAGUUCUUGGAGCCUCAACCAAGCUUUACAAGCCAUGGAUACUUUUAUCUUCUGGUGAUGCCAGUCUCUUGGUUGGUCUUCUAAGUGAGUGUUAUAGUAUAUGGUCAAGUUCAGGACUUGAAGAUGCUCUCAAGAGUAUUUCUGAUCACAUUGAUUUUGAGUAUGAUGGAACUAUAAAGGCACUGCUGGAAUCUAUCAACUAUAUUCAUAAUAUUGAUGCACUUGCUCUUCAAAACCAUGUUUUCUCUGGACAACCUAUGUGUCGUUUGUCGGCCUUAACUGCAGGAACAGUGCCAGGCUUGAAGCUAGUGGUUUGGAAUGGGGAGCACUACUUUCUUACUCUUGCAAACUUGUGGGCAAAUCUUAUAAGUUGUGAUUCUCCUAAGUUGCCACGAAUUCACGGUAGCUUAUGACGAGGGAUUGUACCAAAAGAAGUUCGGUAGCUUUACAGGAGCCCUUCAGAUGUGAUCAGAGUCUGAAUUGUUUCGUCUUGGGAUUAAGGCUUUUGGAGUGCUAACUGCAGUUGCUCGACCAUAACGAUCGCAUGAGGCAAGAAAAAAACGCAGUUUGAUUUUCAAGAUCCCGGGGAAGACGUCGGUGCUCGGUUUUGAUGGGGAAAAGUAUACAAUUCAAUCUUUCUUUUUCUUUUUCUUGAUUGAUUACCAUUCUUUUUGGUGGAAGCUAUAGGCUAAUAAUUGAAUGUAGAAGUAUUGUGUUAUUGUGUUUUUAAGUCAGUGUAUGUUCAGGAAAUGGGUGAUAGAAAACACCCAUAUACCUAGAAAUAGAGCUAUGAAACAUUGAGGAUAAUAAAUAUUUCUUCCUCCUCCUCCUCCUUCCCAUUUCCUUUC